AUGGCGAGCCCUCCUCGGCAGAGGCAGAGGGCUGGCCGGGACGGCUCGAACACGGGCACAGGAGAGCAGGGCUGGAACCGCUUUCUGCAGCGGCGCCAUCGCUUGAAGCCUCCAGAGCUUUUCGACGAAGUUGAAAAGAGGUUCGAGAAGUAUGAGCAAGUGGCAGCAGGCGCCGACGUAAGGCCUCGGGCUGCGUUGUCGCCGACCCUGAAGACGCUGCUGACGGAGGUGGAGCGAGUUGACGAUGAGCCACAGCCGAAGUCCUUUGGCACGGAGAAGCGAGGCACGCCAUGCAGAUGGCAUCCCGGAAGCAGUCCAGCACACGCUCGCAAGUCUUCCUUUGCACGCAGCUGCGCAGCCGCGUCCCUCCGCGCUUUCGUCAUGGCCCUUCCCUGGCGCGGCCUGGCCUACGCCAGCGGCUCCUUGGCCGGCCGCUACGUGCUGGGCGAUGGGCUCACGCAGCGGCUCCUGGAGAGGCGAGAGCACGACUGGAGACGUAGCUGCCUCUUCGGUUCUUUCGGAGCAGUCAUGGGUGCUCCAGCCUACCUUUUCUACGCAGAGUUUCCCACCAGGGUUUUGAGCAAGCUCGUCGAGGGGCGGUGGAGAAUGGUGGCUGCCAUGAUCGGCGUGGACGCGCUUGUCUUCAUGCCCCUGGUUUACUUGCCAUGCUUCUACACCUUCCGAGAAGCAAUUUACAACAGGCUGCCAUGGAUGAAAUCGGGACAACAUUUGGCCUCUGCUGAACGGCUAGAAACAAUGUCUUCCAAAGAAGGGCCGCAUACUGCAUGUGCAGUCUGGCUGCGUGGUCGAGGCACGGCAGCUGCCGAUCCUUGGCAUCUGCUUCCUAUGCAUACUGGUCGGAGCAUGCGCCCAUAG